AUGUUUGAGCGAGAUGAAAAACCAGAUCUAUCUCUGCUCUCCACCAUUAAAAUCAAUCUCCAUUCUUCACCAUUAGCCAUUACUCAUGAAUCUGUACUACCAAUGUUAGAAGCUGGGUUUGCUGCAAUCGCUGCUUCACAGUGUAGAUGGACUGCUCCAAAAGUAAACCAGGUUCUGGCAGACCCUGAAGUACGUUCAAUAAUUGAUAGUGAGAAGAAUCGUCAGUUUAACAGCUUGGAGCUCAUUGCUUCAGAGAAUUUUACAUCUCGCGCAGUGAUGGAAGCUGUGGGUUUUUGUCUCACAAAAAAGUAUUCAGAAGGGCUUCAUGGUAAAAGGUACUAUGGUGGCAAUGAGUACAUUGAUGAGUUAGAGACACUUUGUCAACAAAGGGCUUUGGCUGCAUUUCACUUAGACCCAAAGAAAUGGGGAGUUAAUGUCCAACCUCUGUCUGGUUCUCUUGCUAACUUUGAAGUUUACACUGCACUUCUCAACCCACAUGACUGUAUUAUGGGUCUGGAUCUUCCUCAUGGAGGUCACUUGUCACAUGGAUUUAUGACUCCUAAAAGACGGGUAUCUGGGACUUCGAUUUAUUUUGAAUCAAUGCCCUACCGUCUUGAUGAAUCAACAGGCCUUAUUGAUUAUGAUAUGCUUGAGAAAACUACCACCCUCUUUCGACCAAAACUCAUCAUUGUUGGUGUUAGUGCUUAUCCUCGUGAUUUCGAUUAUCCUCGAAUGAGAAAGGUAUACACAUAUCUUUUGAUUGUCAACAAUUGUUCUGUUGGGGCUUUUCUCAUGAUGGAUAUGGCUCACAUAAGUGGUCUCGUUGCUGCAUCUCUACUUUCCGACCCAUUUGAAUACUGUGAUGUUGUAACAACCACCACUCACAAGUCAUUACGAGGUCCCAGAGGUGGCAUGAUUUUCUUCAAGAAAGAUCCUGUUCUUUGGGUUGAUAUGGAAUCUGCGAUUAACAAUGCUGUUUUCCCAGGGUUAUUUCAGGAAAGCCAUGUUGGUUAUGAGAGUGACAAGAUAUCUAACGGAUCAAAUGCCAGCAUGGAAGUAAGGUCUAGCUGCUUUCCAAGUGUCGGAUCUGUUAAGUAUCUUUUCACUUAUCGUGAUCAAUAA